UUAAGCUAUCAGAGGUGAAGUGUAUCCUUCCACAUUAGGUAGGACACCUAUAGGCCAAUGCUAUACCGAGGCGGUGAAUGUCCAUACACGUCAGCACCUCCCCAGACAACGGCAGCAUUCAUGUAUUUACCGCAGAGCUAAACUCUUUGCAGGGUAAACAGUAAUGGCUCUGAAAUCAAGACCGUGGACGACCGUAAUUUUCGGCGUCUUUCUCGGGUUCACCGCGUCCUCUUGGCUCAUUGUACCUCAGAUUCUGGAGAGUAAAAGGACAAAUAACAAACACCGGGACAGCCCGGAGUUCAGUCAGGAGGCGUACGGGAUAUUCAGUACGGGAAACAGUAGCGGAGAUACCGAGAGACCCGUAAGCAGACCAAGGCAUUUCCUCUAUGUCGGCGUGAUGACAGCCAAAAAAUAUCUGGGAUCUCGCCCCGUAGCUGCGUACAAGACCUGGGCGAGUUCCAUACCCGGGAAGGUGGAGUUCUUUGGCACUGUCCACUUGCCCGUCCCCGUGGUUUCGCUGGCAGGUGUGGAUGACUCCUUGAAGAAGCGAUUCAUGAUGCUGAAGUACAUCCAUGACCACUAUCUAGAUAAAUACGAGUGGUUCAUGCGGGCAGAUGAUGAUGUGUAUGUAAGAGGUGAGAAGCUAGAGUUGUUCCUGCGGUCACUGAACAGCAGCAAGCCCCUUUACCAUGGCCAAACAGGCCUGGGCAUGGCUGAGGAGUUGGGCAGAUUGGCCCUAGAACCCGGAGAGAACUUCUGCAUGGGAGGCCCCGGGAUGAUCUUCAGUAGAGAGGUGCUACGCAGGAUGGUCCCUCACAUCACUACCUGUCUGAGGGAGAUGUAUACCACCCAUGAGGAUGUGGAAGUGGGCCACUGUGUGCGAAAUUUUAGAGGAACACAGUGCGUGUGGUCUUAUGAGAUGCAGCAGCUCUUCUAUGAGAACUAUGAACACAACAAGAAAGGUUUCAUUGAAGAACUUCACAGUAGCAAGAUCCACUAUGCCAUUACACUCCACCCUAACAAAAACCCUGCCUACCAAUACCGGCUCCACAGCUUCACACUGAGCCGUGAGAUCUCAACGCUGUGUUACCACACCAUCCUUCUCCACCAUGAAUGCCUGAUUAUGAGUUACCUCAGUGAUACAGAAGUACUUUGGGAGGACCAACAGAUGGGAUUUCCACCACCCAAUGAGAGAAAUUAUGUAAUUGAGUGAGAUUUCCUGACAGGCCACGUAUUUAUCCUGCUGUUGAAAACAAGAUAGCCCAGCAAAGUCUUGGGAACUUGCUUUGGACUAGAAGACAUUAUACUGCAGGUCAUGGAAAUGAUUAAUAAGAAUUCGAAAACACAUGGUCGUGUAAUUGACUUUAAAGAGAUUCAGUAUGGUUACUACAGAGUGGAUCCAAUGCAUGGUGCAGAAUACAUCUUUGACUUACUGCUUCUGUGCAAGAAACAUAAGGGACACAAAAUAACAGUGCCUGUGAGGGAACAUUCUUACCUUCAGCAGCCCUUUAGCCGACCCUUCUUUACUGAAACUGAAGAGUUAGAUGUGGUUGAACUUGUGGCUGCCAUCAACUCUGAAUCCCAAUCCCUGCCUUUCCUAUCCAACUCUCGGAAGUUUUUGUCAUCUUUCCAGUUCUAUGAAUCAACCAGGGAAAUGUGGAAGCAAAGCCAAAGGACAGUCAACAUUCUUGUCCCAUUAUCUGGUCGCUAUGACACUUUUGUCCAGUUUAUGGAGAAUUUUUAGAAAGUGUGUUUGAUAGCCAAACAAAAUGUUAAGCUCUCCAUUGUUCUAGUGGACGAUGGGAGCAAUCAGAACAGUAGAAAACAUAUUCGGUUAAUAAAAGACUACUACAGGAAGUAUCCCACAGCUGAUCUUUCUGUAAAAACCAUGUCAGGCAACUUUUCUCGAGGACUGGCUCUGGAGCAGGGCUACUCACAUCUUGAUAAUGACACUUUCUGUGAUGUUGAUCUAAUCUUUGGCGGUGAUGCCUUGCAAUGCUGCAGAGACAACGCUGUCCUAGGGAGACAGGUCUACUUCCCUUUUGUCUUUAGUCAGUACAAGCCCAAGAUAGUGUAUGCUGAGAAAGUCCAAAGAGAAAACAAAUUUGUUCUCAGCAAGAAAAGUGGUUUCUGGCAAGAUUAUGGCUUUGGAAUCACCUGUGUUUUCAAGAGUGAUUUACUAAAAGCCAGAGCGUUUGACAGCUCAACCCUAGGGUGGGGAUUGGAAGACAUGGCAGGAAUUUUCCACAUUUAUUAUCCUGUCCACUGCAACACAAGUCUUGAGCAGAAGCAAAACAAACUGUGUCUUGGGUCAAGAGCAAGUAUGUUGGCAACGACAAUGCAGUUAGCAGAGCUGUGGCUGGAGAAACAUGUAGAAAUGGGGUAUAGUAGAACUUUCUCCUGA